AAUCAUCAAAUUAGAAAUCACCAUAUCUCUUCUUGUUUGACUGAACCAUGGCUCAAGGAAGAGGUGGUGCAAUGGUGGCAAUGAAGGUGAUAUGUCUACUAGCGGUGGCACUUCAAUGUGAGGCAGCUAGUUUUCUCGUUGGUGGUUGGCCUGGUUGGAAUCCGAAGUUUGAUCUCGGCGCAAUGACCAGCGCGUACAAGGCCGGCGACAUUUUUGUGUUUAAGUACGUAGCAGGAUAUCACGAUGUUGUGGUAGUGAACAAGACGGUAUGAUCGGUGCACCAAGAGCCCAAGGGACAAGGUGUACACAAGUGGAGACGAUGAAAUUACCCUUAAGAAGGGUCCUAACUACUUCAUUUGUAGUUUUCCUGGUCAAUGUAAAACGAUGAAGCUUCAAGUACAUGCAUCUUAAAGAACAAAAUAACAAUAAUAAUAUAAUAAUUGUUAAUGAUAUUGAAGAAAUGAUCAAAUCUAUGCAUUUAUGUGUGUACUAAGAGUUCCAUGUGCUUUAAUUAUUGUUAUAUAUGGGUUAUGGUAUAAACAAGA